CCUCAGCUCCCGCUGCUUCGCCGCUCGUCUCCCACGUCCCCUAGUCCCGGCUCCUCUCGGUUCCUUGAUCACCCGCAGCCCCCCGCCCCGGUAUCAUGGCCGCAGCGUACCGCCCCGGCCUGCGGCUCAGCUGGCAUGGACUGAGCCCCUGGGGCUGGUCAUCACGCCGCAGUAUCCAGACCCUACGCAUGCUCAGUGGAGAUCUGGGCCAGCUGCCUACUAGAGUCCGAGACUUUGUGGAACGCAGUGCCCGCUUAUGCCAACCAGAGGGCAUCCAUGUCUGUGAUGGGACCGAGGCAGAGAAUACUGCCAUUCUGGCCCUGCUGGAACAACAGGGCCUCAUCCGAAAACUCUCAAAGUAUGAUAACUGCUGGCUGGCCCGCACAGACCCCCAGGAUGUGGCACGCGUGGAGAGCAAGACAGUGAUUGUUACCCCCUCUCAGCGGGACACAGUGCCCCUACCAGCUGGCGGCGCCCGUGGACAGCUGGGAAACUGGAUGUCCCCGGCCAAAUUCCAGCAAGCUGUGGAUGAGAGGUUUCCAGGCUGCAUGCGGGGCCGCACCAUGUAUGUGCUUCCAUUCAGCAUGGGCCCCGUGGGCUCCCCACUGGCCCGCAUUGGGGUACAGCUCACCGAUUCGGCUUAUGUGGUGGCCAGCAUGAGGAUUAUGACACGUUUGGGGACGCCCGUGCUUCAGGCCCUGGGAGAUGGCGAUUUUGUCAAGUGUUUGCAUUCCGUGGGUCAACCCCUGACUGGGCCAGGGGAUCCAGUGAGCCAGUGGCCAUGCAACCCAGAGAAAACCCUGAUUGGCCAUGUGCCUGACCAGCGGGAGAUCGUCUCCUUCGGCAGCGGCUAUGGUGGCAACUCUCUGCUGGGCAAGAAGUGCUUUGCCCUGCGCAUCGCCUCGCGCCUGGCCCGGGAUGAGGGCUGGCUGGCCGAGCACAUGCUGAUCCUAGGCAUCACCAGCCCUGCAGGAAAGAAGCGCUAUGUGGCAGCUGCCUUCCCCAGUGCUUGUGGCAAGACAAACCUGGCCAUGAUGCAGCCCACACUCCCAGGCUGGAAAGUGGAGUGUGUGGGGGAUGACAUUGCCUGGAUGCGGUUCGACAGUGACGGUCGCCUGCGGGCCAUCAACCCUGAGAACGGCUUCUUUGGCGUGGCCCCUGGCACCUCUGCCACCACCAAUCCCAACGCCAUGGCCACUAUCCAGAGUAACACUCUUUUUACCAACGUGGCUGAGACCAGCGAUGGAGGCGUGUACUGGGAGGGCAUUGAUCAGCCUCUUCCUGCUGGUGUCACUGUGACCUCCUGGCUGGGAAAACCCUGGAAGCCUGGUGACAAGGAGCCCUGUGCACACCCCAACUCUCGCUUUUGUGCCCCAGCCCGACAGUGCCCCAUCAUGGACCCGGCUUGGGAGGCUCCCGAGGGAGUCCCCAUUGAUGCCAUCAUCUUUGGAGGCCGCAGACCCAAAGGGGUGCCCCUGGUAUAUGAGACUUUCAACUGGCGUCACGGGGUGUUCGUGGGCAGUGCCAUGCGCUCGGAGUCCACCGCAGCUGCUGAGCACAAAGGUAAGAUCGUCAUGCAUGACCCGUUUGCCAUGCGGCCCUUCUUCGGCUACAACUUUGGGCGCUACCUGGAACAUUGGCUGAGCAUGGAGGAGCGCCAGGGAGCACGGCUGCCGCGCAUCUUCCACGUCAACUGGUUCCGGCGUGAUGAGGCUGGCCGUUUCCUGUGGCCGGGCUUUGGGGAGAACUCGCGAGUGCUGGACUGGAUCUGCCGGCGAUUGGAGGGGGAGGACAGUGCCCGGGAGACACCUAUCGGGCUGGUGCCGAAGGACGGGGCCUUAAAUCUCAGCGGCCUGGGGGCUGUAGACACCACCCAGCUGUUCUCACUCCCAAAGGACUUCUGGGAACAGGAGGUGCGUGAUAUCCGGAGCUACCUGAUGGAACAGGUCAAUGAGGAUCUGCCCAAGGAAGUGCUGGCUGAGCUGCAGGCCCUGGAGGAUCGUGUGCGCAGAAUGUGAACCAAGGUCACUGCUUUCAGGAAAGCACAGCACACCCACCUGGGACUUGGGGGUCACUGGGCUUGCAGGAGAUAGAAGCCACCUGAUAGCAACUAACAUCUUCUGCAUGCCAGGAGACCAGCCCACAACCCUUCCACAUGCUCCAUCCCUUAAUGAGAUGCUCAUUCCUUUUA